AAACUGUAGGUACGGAUUGUCAAAUUUAAGAAAGGAAGCAGCUGUUGCCCCAGCAACGGCCCAACAACAACAGGUGGGCAAGUGCAGAGUCGAGAGGGGCGAUGAUGGCAGAGAAAAGUGGUUUAGAAAAAUUGGACAUCGGUGCCCUGAGCCCCGAACAACAGGAGAAACUCCGACAAUUCAAGAUAACAACAAGGAUCGCGAACGAGAAGUAUCUGAGGUCUCACCCAGAAGUGGAGGUGUUGUUGAGCGAAUUUUUGAGAGACGUUUUUUUAAAAAGACCUGUCGAUAUCCGCGAGUUUGCAGCGGAUCACUUCACUGACCCAAACUUGUCGAAGACGAUCUGCUCUAAAUUGCAAGGCAAUCUUGACUGAAAACGAACUGAACUCAUGUGUGAAUAAACAUUAACCUGAAUCGGUUUCUGCGGUCUUUGCACUUACAUCUGCUCACAGCACAAGGCUAUGAAGUGUGCCUGUUUAAGACUCUUCAAAAGCACCAGUCAGCUGCAUCUGUUAGAGUGUGACUAUUUAAAGAACCAGUAUUCCCUCUCUUAAUUGAGAUAAUUAGAUAAAUAGACCAAUUAGACUAAAAAUUAAUAGAGUAAUUAGAAUGUGGGCACAGUUGGGUGACUGGCAGGUCUGGGCAUGUUGUUUGUGUGAUAGGCUGUGGGCGUUGUCAUAUAUUGCCAGUCAACAGUUUCUGAAGCUUUACAUUUUGUGUUCUCUUAAUAAAAUAUAUUGU